CGAUUUAAUCGAGCACCUGUCAAUCAUAUUCUCAACUCCGCCCUAUAAAUUCACCGCCCCUUCCGCAGAUACUGCAAGGUGCGUCUUCGUAUGCCAACCUGUCAGGGAAUGAGACGGAUUUAGUCAUGUUUUAUCAGCUGAUUAUCGGCUGUUGUCUUCUUCUGUUUGCCAUACUUAUUUACAUUAAGUGGAAGAAAAGAAGGGAUGAAGAAGAAAGGAAGAGGAAAAUGGAAGAAGAAUGGAAUAGGGUCAAUUGCCAACUCCACUGGGUCAAGUGCCAUAACUCUGACAUUUAUUAUGGGCCUCAAAGGUCUUGCUGUUGGUGCUUGUGCAGGUUUAGGAGCAUACGUGAUAAAGAAAACUUGGGAAGCAGUCACAAACAAUGAGGAGCCAGACACAACAAGUACUCGGGGUAGCGUCAGAAGAAGACGUCUCCCUCCAGCCGUAGACUGGGCCAAUGGUAUGGGUUUCGACGGCGAAGACUUUACUGCCCUGGGCAGGCCUGUGCAAUCCUUUUCAUGGGGUUUUCCCGGUAGUUCUGCGACAGGGGAAAGCAGGUUAAACGUCUGUGACAUUGGCGUAAAUUUUGACGAUUGGAGAAUACCAAAGGAACUAAGCGUUUCUGAACUAUCUGUAGCUAAACGCAUUUGUGAUGCAUCCGAAACUGAACUAAAUAUAGACAAUGGCGAAUGGAAUAAAGCAACCGAGACUGUGAACAAAGUAUUGAAUAUGUUGAUGGCAGAAAUAAAAUGUGAAGCAAGAAAAUACGGUCUGUUCAUAGAGAAAUAUGUUAAACAAGGUAGUUCUCGAGAAGGUCUUAAAGUGCAUGCUCCUGACGAAUUUGAUGUCCUUCUACAAUAUAGCUUUGAAAACCUUGAAUACAAGGUUGUGAACAAAAGUGUAAAUGGUAAACUGUUACCCGAGCUUGCCUAUCUACGUCUAGAUGAAAAAGAACUAUGUGAGCUGUCGGACACCCAUUCAAGACUUUAUAACAAGAACGUUUUCGAGAAACUAGAUGGAAACUUAUACUUAAACGCUAGACAACUCCACGAAAAAGUCUUCAAAUCUAUGAUUGCCGCUGCAUCAGCCAGUGUAGAAAGUAAAGUUAAUCAGGGCGAACGUCGUGACAAGUUUGGUUUUAAAAUAAACCUCAGCACUAACCCGCCUUCGGAAAACAUUCGCAUUAAGUUGAUAGAAAAAGAUGAUGUUUACACAGCGUUUGACCGCCUGUAUGAUAUACAACUGGAGGACUCAUUAAAAAUUCGUCCCGAGGCACUGGUUCAACAAAAAGAGACAAUAAUUGAUGUAGACAUAGUUCCAGGUUUGCUGUUUUCUGAAGACGUAGUCCCAAAUCCUGUCGACAAAGAUGGUACGAUGCUAUGUCCGACCUACGCAGUAUUUAAAUGGCGAACUGAAAACGAUAGAUCUGCUUUUCUCUAUGGAGGAGAACCCCACCUCCUUUGGCGUGUUUGUAGUUCAGGAUAUGAAAAGCACGUGAUUGAUGUUGCACGGGGAAAACGUGAACAAAUGCACAUAAUAAACGCCCUGCGACUCCUGAAGCUCUAUUUUCGUAAUAUGAAUCAGAGGGCAAAAGAUCAAAAUGAACCACCGCCACAAGUUGUCACCGUGUUGCGUUCCUACCACCUCAAGCAUAUUGCCUUUUAUUGCAUUCUGUUCUUGAGAGUUCUUAAAAAAGUUCAAGUGUCCGAUGUGAAAGUAUCUUUGGCGUAUAUGCUUGAAUUCCUUGGAAUCUGCCUUGAAGAAAGAAAACUUCCACAUUUCUUCCAAGCCAAUGAGCACAUAUGUCUUAUGUUUCCACGCUUAGAACUUCAACCUAACGCCUUGAGAUACGAUUUGUUUCAAGGCAAGCGUGGAGAUUCCUUAAAUCAGGCUAGACUGUCUUAUCUUAAAAUGAAGAAAGAGAUGUUUUCCGUCAUCGGUGAGUUAGUAGUUCCCGACGUUGUUCAGCUGUUCCGAACCUACAUAGCGUCCGGGAAUUACUAUGGCUAAGACCCUUUCAUGUUCAGCGUGUGCUACGUAUUUUUCUUAAGUAAGAAUGUCUGCCAGAACUACAUUGGUAGUACAGUCCUUUUCAGGAGAUAUUUUGACUAACCGUAAUUUGUUUAGUGGCGUUCGUGACGUUUUUGGAUUGUUUUCAAAGGAUGUUGGUUUGCAAUAAUUGUUUAAACCAAGUUUUUUCCCGCGAAAUUGCUUGAAUAAAUUUUCCUUUAGAAACUGUU